GAUGCAGUAACGUAUUUUCAAACUAACGUGUUGUAAUGGCUCCCAAGAAGAAAGAUCCUACACAAAAAUCUACCGAGAAAGUAGACGACUUAGACUGGCUGAAACCUCGACAGCUCAUCAAACCAGAGGAUCAGGAGGAGGUACCUGAAGCAGACUUAGAAGAAGAAGUGGGCCGUAUUCUAUCAAGCCAUAACAAGCAGUGGGUGGCUGAUCAAGUAGCCUACCACUAUGGCAAGGGAGAAUUCGUGGUAAAACCGAAACCAUCUUUCGGGAAGGCGUAUCCUCUAUGGGUGUUCCAGGGCACAGCCAUCAGAAAAGACUCUGAUGAAGCUAAAGCACAAAUUGCUGCUGGUUACGGUAUGGUAAGUUUCGAUGAUGCUGGUCCGAAGCGAGCAAAAGUGAAAAAAGCCGCUACUGAUGAAGAAGAAGAAGAAGAACCAGAGCCAGAGCCGGUAGCACCUGUCGAAGAAGCUAAACCCGAAGAGGUCGCCGAAGAAGAGGUGCAGGCUCCCCCUGCCGAAGAAGGAGCUGCUGCAAAACCAGAAGGAGAAGAAGGCGAGGAAGGAGGCGCCGUAGGAGAGGAAGCCGAACCCGAGGAAAAAGCGGAAAUGCCUGAAUUGGCUGACGAACUGCUCGAGAUAAAGCCGCGUGUCAAGAAACUUGCUAACCAGUUCAACUUCUGCGAGAGAGCGGCUCUCACCUACAACAAUCCUAGACGAUCAGUGGACACCCAAACCUUGCCGCCGCCUAGAGGAACAUAUGGUGCGACAGCACUGCAAAGCAUAAUUUUCGACUACUACCAAGAAGAUUAUACAAGGAAAAUGAAAGAAAAGGAAGAUGAAAAACCAAAGAGGAUGCGCAAGAAGACAACGAAGGCAAUUAAGACUGAGCAGCAAAUUCAUGAUGAGGCGUUGACGCAACGCAUCCGGGAAGCCUGGGCGAUUUUGGAGAGGCUCGUUAACCAGAACAUUUAUGAUGAUAUAGCAAUGGAUUACCGGUAUUGGGACGAUCCAUCAGACGAGUUCCGCGAAGGCAUGGGUUCACUACUUCCUUUAUGGAAGUUCCAAUUCGAGCCAACCCGCAGUCACGCUGUCUGUGAAGUACAGUGGAGUUCAUUUUAUCAAGAUCUGUUCGCUGUUGCCUAUGGCUCCUUGGAUUUCACAAACCAAUUGAAGGACGGUUGUCUAUGUCUGUACAGUAUUAAGAACCCAGCAUUUCCAGAAUACGCGGUCAUGACAGACUCGCCUAUCAUUGCCCUUGAUGUUUAUAAGGAGACACCGUAUAUGGUUUGUGUUGGACUUUACGACGGCAAUGUAUGUGUAUACAACGCUCAAUUGAGUUUGGAAUCAAGUUACCAAUACAAAUCUGACUCCGUAAGGGAUAAACAUAGCAAUAUUGUAUGGGAGGUUCGUUGGGGACCCCGUCUCAUCGAUGGAGAAGCGUCGUUUUACUCGAUCUCCGGUGACGGUAGAGUAGUACAAUGGGCCGUGAUGCCAGGAGAGCUGCAAGCCACCACCAUUAUUACACUGCAAUCGGAAGUCACGCCUGUGCCUGGUCCUGAUGGAACUAUGAUAACCGUCAAUAGUUGCGGCAGUUGUUUCUGUUUUCAUCCAGCAAAACCCGAAAUCUUCUUAGUGGGAACGGAAGACGGAAUGGUCCAUACAUGUUCCUUGAAGUACAAUCGGAAUUACGUGAGCUCUAGUAAAAGUCAUCACAUGCCCGUGUACAGAAUAUGCUAUAACCACUACAAUAGUAGUAUAUACGCGUCUUGUUCCGGCGAUUGGAGGAUCAAGAUCUGGGAAGAUGGUAGAGACGAACCUAUAUUCAUGUUCGAGCUGGGCUCACCAGUGGGUGAUGUGAAAUGGGCACCAUAUUCAAGCACUGUAUUUGCGGCAUGCACAGCUGACGGAAAGGUUUACGUAUACGACUUGAACGUGAAUAAAUACCGGCCAAUCUGCAUACAAGCUGUAGUGUCCAAGAAAACAAAGAAACUCACUCGACUGGACUUUAACCCCAAGUUGCCUGUCAUCGUUUGCGGCGAUACUAAAGGAACAUGUCAUGUUUUAAAGUUAUCACCUAACCUGAGAGUUAUGUGCAAAGCGCCAAAGAAACAGCAGGGAUUAGAUCAAAGAACGCUACAGAUAAUGAAAUUAGACAAACUGUUAACUUUAGUUCGCGAUCCGCCGUUCACGCCAGGCGUAGUAGACGAGAAGUUCGAGGACGACUAAUUUUGAGGGAAUUUCAAUAAAGUCCUUUUUUACUAUAAUUUAAUUUGUACGACUGAAUGUAUUUUUAUUAGAUAAAUAAAACACU